AGUGGGGUUGUUCCACAUUUCUAUGAAUCCUGUUUUGAAUAGAAGACCGCUGUACAGACGCCAGGGCUGGCUAUGUUCUUUUUUUUACAGUUAUGAGAAAAUCAGCUCUACACCUUUCAAGAGUGGUACGCGAACCCCUCCUCCUGCUGUGUCAACAAUUUGCUCUGAAAAAUUGUCUGACAGGUGAAUGCACUGUUUGACUAGUGAGUCUAGAACACUGCUAGAACACUGCGCAUCUGAGUUUUCGCUCGUGCAUGAUUGCGCGUCCAUGUUUUUCGAAUGGGUGGAGUCAGGGCCAGCGUUGGAGGAGAGAAGUGGAAUACAUUUCAAAAGUUACCCUCCCAACCCUGGCCUGGGGAAGUGAUGGCACCAGGAUGCACAGUGUGAAGACUAAAAGCCGAUAUAGGGAGUGUGAUGCUCUGGGCAAUGUUCUGCUGGGAAAUCCUGGGUCCGGUCAUUCAUGUGGACAUCAAUUUGACACGUGCCACCUACCUAAACAUCGUUGCAGACCAGGUACACCCCUUCAUAGCAAUGGAAUUCUCUGAUGGCUGUGGCAUCAAUCAGCAGGAUAAUGUGCCCUGCCUCACUGUAAUCACUGUUCGGGAAUGGUUUGAGGAACUUGAUGAAGAUUUGGAGGUGUUGCCCUGACCUCCAAAUUCCCCAGAUCUCAAUCUGAUUGAGCUUCUGUGGGAUGUGCUGGACCAACAAAUCCGAUACAUGGCGGCUCCACCUCAUCACUUACAGGACUUGAAGGAUCUGCUGCUAAUUACUUGGUGCCAGAUACCUCAUGACACCUUCAGGGUUCUUGUAGAGUCCAUGCCUCGGUGGUUCGGCACUGUUUUGGCAGCAUGCGAGGACCAACAGAAUAUUAGACAGAAGCUCAGGCAUUUGUAACCUUGGCCACCACAGAUGAAUACUGCAUGGGGAGUUUAGUGAUAGGCAAAAGUUUGCGCAGACAUGGAACAUCAAGGAAGCUGGUGGUGAUGGUGUCCCCCAAUGUCACCAGAGAAGUAAGGUUGUCUUUGGAGGAUGUUUUUGAUGAAGUUGUCAUGGUAGAUGUUUUGGAGAGUGGAGACAGGGCUCAUCUCUCCUGGCUGGGACGUCCUGAACUGGGUGUUACUUUUACCAAGCUCCACUGCUGGACUCUUACACAGUACAGCAAGUGUGUGUUCCUGGAUGCAGACACACUUGUACUGUGUAAUAUAGAUGAGUUGUUUGAUUAUGAGGAAUUGUCUGCUGCACCUGAUUCAGGCUGGCCUGAUUGCUUUAAUUCCGGGGUAUUUGUGUUCAGACCUUCUCUAAACACCCACAGCCAACUACUGGAGCAUGCCACUCAGCAUGGUAGUUUUGAUGGAGGAGACCAGGGUGUUUUAAACACUUUCUUCAGCGACUGGGCUGUAAAAGAUAUCCAUAAGCAUUUACCAUUUGUGUACAACCUCACAGCCAGCGCAUUGUACACAUACCUGCCAGCAUUUCAUCGGUUUGGCCAUCUGGCAAAAAUUGUCCACUUUUUGGGUGGGACCAAGCCCUGGCACUAUCCAUUAAAUGCGCAGGAAGCCAAUGAGUCAUCUCUUAGGGAUUCCAACAUAAACCUUGAGAAAUUAAUACAUUUGUGGUGGUCAGAGUACUACAGUCAAAGACAGACAAAAAUCCUAAAGGAUGACUUAAAUGAAGAUUCAUCUCUAGAUUACCAUUUAGAGCAGCAAUUUGCUCCUUCACAGACACCCCUGACUCCAUCACAAAGCCAAAAGAGCAGCACUGAAGCCCAUCACAGUGUGGAGAAGACACCCUCUCAACCUCUCUUAGAUCUGAAUUUAGAUACACUGACUAUCAGCUCAUCUGAGAAGCCUGUGGGGAUGAAUAUUCUUUUUGAUGUCCUGUCUGGUGGGGACUCAGAGGAGCACUCUCUAGUUGUGCCUUUUUUUGGGCAAGAGAGUAAGGACACCGGCCCAGAGACUUCUGAUGAUACUAUUGCAACCACUGGAGAAGCUGAACCAGAUAACAUCCCAGACGAGACAGAGGAGGAUAACCUGGAGCAUCGGCGCAUGUGGGAAGAGGGUCACAUUGAUUACAUGGGCAUAGAUGCCUUUGACAACAUCGAGAGGAAACUUGACAGAUUCCUUGAUUAACAGUGUUUGUGUAUAUUAGUAGCCUAUAUAACAUAUGAUAUCUCAUUUUGGAUUGCACUGUAUGUUCAUCAUUUCAACAGUUUCACCACCUCAAAUAUAGCCAUUUUGUCUACCUCUGUAGUAUUUAUAAUCACCUGUUUUUAAAAUUGUUAAUUCGUAAGUACAACCGUUGAAACAGAUUUCAUUAUUGAGUUCCUGUGUUAAAUUACAUAGCAUAUUUGAUGCUAUCCAUAAUUUAGCCUCUGCUGUGAUCAUUUGUUUGCAGCUUUAAUAAAUCUUUAAAUCUCUAUAAAAUUAUAAUGUUAUUAUAGCCAUUAUGAAGCGAUUACUUGAUAUCAACUUAUCAUAAUAAUGUGAAGAUUCCAGUUGGGGUCUUCGAGAGAACAAGAUGAUAAUAACUGUGAAUUAUAAUAAACUGGAAUGUAACAAAUCUAGUAACAUUUUCUGCAGUACUAAUGUUGUCUUUUUGCCCUAAACAGGCAUGUUUUGCCACUAGAGGUCAGGCUGUGAACAGUAAAACAUCUUUAGUACAAGAUCUACCACCACUCUUCUUUUUACAACACUAUUAACCAUUUAGAUUAAAAAACAAGAUAAUGUAUUAGCUCAUGUGUGUACUAAGUGUUUUCCUGGAUUUCAACUGGUAAUGGUCAUGAUAUUUCAAUCCCUCCAUGAGUUUUAUUACACAUAUGGACCAUUCUACUGAAUUGGUUCAAACUCCAAGAGUUGGAAAAAUAAAAAUAAAAAGUUUUAUUUUUCCCCCCAAAACUUUGUCCACACAUAAUUUAGGCUCACAAUUCUAGAACAGAAAUUUUUCAUAUAUUUUCAGAUUUUUUUUUUUUUUUUUUUUUAUGUUCUUCCUCUCCCAAAAUGUGACACCAUAAUAAAUAGGAUAAUAUUUAUCUAUUUUUGAGUUUGUUUCCAUCCCCCAUUUAAAGAUUCAUAAAAAUGUCUAGAAUAUUAGCAUUAAGACUUAGCUGUCUAGCUUUCUGGGCACUGUUACCCUUAAACGCAUACCACACAGUUUUUUAGAGACCCUGACCUAAUUUCACACCCUACCUCAUCCAUUUUUUUGGAGUUGUGCCCACACCUCUUAGUGUAUCUCAAUCUAUCUCUUGUAAAUAUUGUAGCACACACCCAAAUAUACAUAAUGGUUUAAGUAUCAAAAGUGUACAAGGUCAUUAAAGACCCUAGGUAUGUAAUAAUGUUUUUGUUUUUUUGCACUUCCAUAAAUUAUAUUUUUAUGAUUAUUUAAUAUCUAUAUAAGUUUACCAUCACAGGAUAUCUAUUUCUUUAUUACAAGAGAAAUUAUUGCGGUAUUCAUACAUUAAAUACUAUAUCACUUAUAAUUUGUGCAACAAUCGACAGUGAAUUAUCAGUAUAUGCGUAUACACAUGAUAUACAUGCUAUUUCUUACUCAAGGUUGCGAUGUUGUUUCAGUCAUUGACUUAAUUUACAUUUGACAUUGAUAUUUGACGAAGAAACAACAUGGAAGUAAACUAUAGCAAGUACACAGCAACAGUAUGAUAUGAAUAUUGCCAUUUGGGUGUACUAAUGAAAUAAUAUAAGUUGUGCAUUUAUUUAGACUCAAUAAGUGCCUGAGAAAAUACUUGUGUAGUUUAUGUAUAGAUAAUGUGUCAUUUGUAGCUCAAUAUGUGUUUACAGCCAGUUGUGUCUCAUGACAUUUCAGUGUGAAAAUAAUUAAUCCUGUUCUAGAUUUGUCCUGAUUUGUUGCAUUAUAUCUUUGAUAUAUGACAAAUAAAACAUUGAAAUGUUGAAAAUAUUUUGAAAUUUUUGCACUAUGUGGGCAUUUUGUAGAUCCAUAAAUGUGCCAGGUCUCUAAAGACAAAAAAUAUCUAACUGUUUAGUGCAAUUCCCAGGCAUUUAAAGGGUUAUCUAAUAACUGUACUAUUGAACACAUUCUCAGCAAUUAAACUUUUUUCUGGUUUUAAUUUAAAAUGUAUUUAAUAAUAACUAUUCAAAGCUAAUAAUUAUUUCCUUGAAAUGAAUGGUUGAACAUAACAUUUUCAAAAAUACAUGUCAAUACUGAAAUAAUUAUGUCCUUACCAAAACUAAAAUUUUAGCUGAUUUUAAGCAUUACUCAAAAAUGCUUUUUUAAUUUAAUUAUUUUGGGCUUUAAUCUAAAAAAAGUACUUUGUGUAUGUGCAGCAGUUCAAAGCUCAUGACUAUUUUCUUAAAAUUAGUGGCUGAACAUAACGUUGUGUCACUAUUUAAAAAAUUUCUCUACAGAAACAUUUUCAUUCGUGUCGGUUGUGACAGUUUAAGCUAAUUUAAAUGUAUGUUAUGAUUAUGAGGAAAUAGUCAUAAACUUUGAUAAAUUUAACCUAGAUAUUAUAUUUUAGAAUAAAACCCAAAACAUUUAUUAAAAGACAGAGAAUGUGUUUGGUUGUUAGUAUUCUUAGUUACACACUGUUUUUUUCAGAUUUUGGAGUACAUUUACUUCCAAAUGAUGAAAUCAAAGUACUUGUCCAUACAGUCAUGAUGGACAGUGAUGAAGUCUGACUUCCUGCUUGUAUUUUUCUUUAAGAUGUUAGAUCUAUUUAAUUUGUUACAAACUUUUUGAAGAUACAUUAGUUAUUUGACUAAGACCUUUUGUGUGUCGGUAGUGAAAUUGAAACGUGGGGCAACAUUUUCAAAUAAAAUUGUAUUAUUUAAACAUUAAAACCUGAGUGGAAUGUAAAUUAUUUUCUUUUAUUUUAAAAGAAAAUAAAAAUGUAUUUUGAAAAACACCAUUGAAAAAAGCAAAUAUUAAAAAAAAUAUUGCAAAGUAUUACAGUUUUUCUGAAUUGCUAAAACACUAAAACGCAUUCUCUGAACCAAAUGCUCAGUGACCUAAACCCAUUUGUUGAAUUAAUCACUCUUUUGACAAAACCUUAAACAAGUUCAGGUAGAUAGACACCAUUUGCAAAUAUCAUCCACUCUUUUUGCAAAACUCUAAACCCAUUCUCACUCACUAUAACACAUUUCGUACUGUGAUAGCAAAAUGGCAAACAUACAUCAAAAACAGGUACAAAACAAUUGUCAUAAUUUACACAAUGACUCAAAAUUGUUUACACUUGUUUCUAAUGAUUUGAUCAAACCAACUGUACAAAAUAUAAGCGUGAUGCUGAGGCAAAAUUAAUCUCUCAUUGACUGAAUUUGCAGUUGCAUAAAAUUUUUUAAUGUACUGUAAUGUGCUUUUCGUUUAGUUUUCUUUGGGCUUUUGCAGUUGGACUACUGUAUUUUUACAGUAUGCAAGUGCUGUAUACAGAUAUUCAAUACUGUAUUACUCAGUACAGUAUAUAAUAUAUUCACUGUACUAAGUUGUGAUUACUAUACUUUAUUAUUUUUUUUAUAAUUGCAAAAUGUGUUUACUAUAUACAAUAAAAAUAAAUU